CCUGCUGCCCGCUUGGCUGGCUGGAGCAAGAAGGAGAAGGAGCCGGGCCAGGCGCUGCACCAGCUGCAGCCUUGUCACUCAAGAGGAGGAAGAAGGAAGGACAUUUACGAGAUCUUAAGGCAAGGAGACUGCGCUGAAGGAAUGCUGUUUUGUCCCUCUGCUACUUUAACAGAUGCCUUGACAGAAACUGGGGAAAGAACGAUCGUUUGGCUAUAGGUGGACCAAUCCCAUUUUUGUUACUCAUCUCCUGACGGCCUCCAUGUUUCUGCAGUAGGGAAAUCUGAGCCAAACUCUACAGUCCCAAUCCAUGGUGCUAGUCCCUCACGUUUCCUUGCGCCAUGGAGGCCGUUGAUGUCCCAGUUGGGAACCUCAUUGACUUUGACUCUGAACCUUCCACGACUGACACCUCCGAAUCUGUCCCCCUCGCUCCUCCGCUCACCAACAGCAACAGCUUACUGGACCACCUGAAGGAUGGCGUGGCCCCUGUGGCGGAGGAGAGCGACGCCACGGAAUCCGCCGAUAGCGAGAACGACACGACGGACUCGCCCACCCAUCACAGCUGGAACAACCACCGCCGUUCCUCCUCGGAGUCCUAUUCGUCCAACCAGAGCACAGAGUCUGCCAAGGACGAAGUGACGGCAGAACAGCGGGAGUUCAUUCGGCAGUAUGUCGAGAAGAUUUUCACUGGCGGAGAGGAAUUUGACCAAGAGGAGAAGGCCAAGUUUGGAGAACUCUGCAGCGGGGAGUACGCAAAAGGCAGGGAAUGGUUUGCCAGAUACGUGAGCGCUCAGCGCUGCAAUUCCAAGUGUGUGUUGGAGCAAACCUUUUAUCGACUGGUGCAGUCCUUUGCCGUGGUGCUGUUUGAGUGUUACCAAAUGGAUGAUUUCAGCCCGGCUAAGAACCUGAUGACUAUGUGUUUCACCUAUUACUACGUUGGCAAGCCCCUAGCACUACCCCCCGAGUUGAAGGAGAAGGCUACGGGCAGCAUUGAUUCCUAUCUGAAGUCCGCCAACAGCUGGCUGGCCGAGAAGAAAGACAUUGCGGAACGGCUGCUGAAGAACACGUCGGCCAAGACUGAGAACGUGAAAGGGUUUUUUGGAAGCUUUGAAAGCAAACUGAAGAGCCCCGUGAGCAAGAAAAGCGAGGAUGGUGAAGAAAAACCAAGAGAGAGAAUCCAGAAAUCAGUUUCCCUGUACAGCCCGGAGGAGGAGGAAGAAAAAUCAGGGGAAAAGAUUUACCUGUACAUGCACCUGAAGCAGCAGCCAAUCUGGCACACGCUGAGGUUUUGGAACGCGGCUUUUUUCGACGCCGUCCACUGCGAGAGGCGUAAACGGUCCCCCACCACCAGAGGGAGUACUGGAGAGGAAGAGGAAACGAGGGAGAAAUGGUGCCACAUGACCCAAGAGGAACGUGACGAUAGCCUGCGGUUUAACGAGAAUAUAACCUUUGGACAGUUGGGCACUUUCACUCACAACAUGUUGGCUUUCGGGCUGAACAAGAAACUUUGCAACGACUUCUUGAAGAAGCAGGCGGUGAUCGGCAACCUGGACGAAGAGCAAUACAAGCUCCUUAGCGAUCACAUCGAACAGAUGGCCGCUGAGUAGCACCGCGACGGAUCAGGACCAGGACAUCGGGAAAGGAAGCCGGCAGGAGGAGCAAGAUGUGAAACCUCAUCUCUGAGACUACCUGAAACUUAAGAUGGGCUUCUUCUUUUUUUUAAAAAAAGAGAGAUCCACAAAGCCAACAGACCCUGCGCUAAACCUGCAUGCUCGUUAUCCAACUGUGUAGAGAAGCGCUUGCAGCCUGUAGAUGUAGGAGCUCCACAAUCCGAAAGACGCCUGCCCUCGCCUGCCGCCUCCACCUCCUUCUCAUGCCUUUUCCUCCAAACUGAUGGACUUAAUAGCAUUCUGGGGGAUCGUCUGUCUAUUAGGCUGAGAGGGCAACCGUAGGAGAGUAUAGCAUAGCCGUAGAGUUGGAAGGCUGCGUUUUUGAACAGGCCCAUCUCUCUCUCUCUCUCUCUCUCUCUCUCUCUCUCUCUCUCUCUCUCUCUCUCUCUCUGCCUCUGCAUUGCUGCCAAACGUUUUUAGAAGCACAUGGGCUGCCAAGCGUAAAAGUAGAUGCAUGCAAGGGGGAUGCAUGAGGUAGGGAAGAGGAGAAAUGCAGCCUCGCUUGAUGCUUGUAUUACUCUGGGAAGCCAAUGAACCCAGAGAAAGAAGGGCUUCUGUAGACCUGGGGGUCUCGAUGCAAAGCCUCCUGACGGGUGUGUAUAUAUAUAUAUAUGUAGGCAGCGGUUUUAACUAGUCCUGCAUCGUGUUCCGUUGCAGCGAAUUCUGACAUAGCCAAGCACGUUUUGCCCGGCCACUUUCUGUUCCCCUCUUUGUUUGCUACAGAGCAAAGGUGGAGGAUAGGCCCAGGAAGAGAGAGCUCAGGAGGGGUGCCAUCUUCUUUCAAAGGGCCCGGUGGAUCUGCUUUCCCAAACGGUCCAGGGAGGAGAAAUCCUGAAGGACCCUAUAACCACAUUCCUGGGCGUGUGGGUGGGGUUUUUUUUGGUGGGGGGAAUAUCCCAGCUCCCUGCUUUGUGUUGUGAAAGUUUUGGAGCUUUCGCUGUUAGUUCUGGGUAGUCAAAGCAAAAUCUUCAGGGAGUUACCAUGGGGCACUGCCACUUUUCAAGUUUGAUCUUUUCUUGGCCACAUAACUUAAAUGCGCUUCGUUGCGAGACGAUUGCUCUGUGCCCUGUAUUGCAGCCCUUAUGAGAAGCCAACUUCAGUUCACAUAACUUU